CCCCAGAUUAAAGUCUAGACAAAGAGAGCAGCCGCCGUCACAACAACAUCGGGUCACAUUGUUCCAAACAGGGACACACGGCUCAUCCUUUCCCUGUAAACAAGUGUCCAUCCUCUAUAUGACGACAACUCAGCCUCAAAACCUUCACAACCACGAAGACCUGCACACGGACACUUCAGAAACCAAUCAGAUGCUAGCAAAUAUACGGAUCUAACCUCCUCUCUGACAUAUCGGGCAUUUAGUUUGUGUUUCAACUCUCUCUCCGAGUUUUCAUCCAGGAUGUUUGUCAGGACUUUUCUGCUCAUCUGUGCUGCUGUUUUUCUCUGUACAGAUGCUGAAGAUAAAUCAAGACUGUACAGACAGCCCUCCUGUGUGGGGUUGAGCUUGGCACAGGCAUGCCCUUUGAAUUACUCUCCCGUGUGCGGCAGUGAUGGAGUCACAUACCCCAACGAGUGUUCUCUGUGUGUCCACAGACUGGAGAAAAACGUCGACAUUAUGAUCGUCGCAGAGGGACCCUGCUAGGGAUGACAUCAUCCUACCCCUACCGAACUGAUGACGUCAUCACACCAAACAUACACAUUACACACACACACACACAAACGUGUUAUCGUGCAGUGUUCUAUAUUCCUUUAUAUGUGAAUUAAAAAACAAAGAUUGUCUUUUUCUCUAA